CCGCCAAGCCAUUAUCAAAUUGGUAGCAGCGCUUUUAAACAAAAUUGCUACUCAAAUCAAUUUGCGCAAUCGAUAUUAUAUACGUCCAGUAAUGAGGACUUGAGCGCAAUCAAUGAGCACGGCGGUAGCGGGGGCGGACUCAAUGGUGUGGCUGGCGGUGCGUCCGGUGGCAGCGGCACCUUCGGCAUUGGCAACGGUCACAGUAAUCACCAAAACAAAGCAACAAAUAGCAAUACACAAACGACGUGCUACUACUUCGCGCCCAGUCGGCACAACAGCAUUUAUGAACACCCCUCGGCGGUGGUACAAAACUCGUUUCACUUCGAUCCAUCGGCGGCAACAAGUGCAGCCGCAGCAGCGGCUGUUGAGAGUUUGAGACGCAGCAAUAGCAUCCUGUUGCGAAAUAGUAGCUGCGCCAAAGCGCUGAACCAAAGUGGUGGUGGCGGCGGCGGCCUUAUCGAUGGCUCAGCUGGUGGCCUCGGCACGCCAACGUCACUGAAUUCAGCUAUGGAUAUGGGCAGUGGCACAGACGCUUCGUCUUGUUGCUCUAACUGCUGUGUCGGCCCACCGCCGGUGCUAUUUCUGUUCGUAACACUGUUGAUGACCACCAGUGCGACAGCUAUGCUCUGCGCCGCCAUUAUGACUGAUCAUUGGGAACAUGUGACGUGGGAUCGUAAUAGCUUGGAUAGAUAUAUGAAUCGUUCAGGCAUGCAGUUAGAGUGGAUGUUGGACGACAAGGUGGCAAUGUUAAAGCCGGACAAGAAAAUGGAAUAUCGCUUUCGGCGAGACACCGUUUUUCUAGUACCCAUGCACGGUGGCAUUUGGACACUUUGCAUAGACUUGCCGAUGCAAGAAUUACAAGAACUGCGACGACAUCCAAAAUUUCCACGCGGUGCACCACCUUGCGUCAACUAUCUGGCCGGCUCGAUGGAGAAUGCUCGUGGCGAAGAGCAGCGAAACGAUUGGCAACAUAGAAUGCAAAAUCUGUCAAUUUCCUGCUCAUUGGUCUGUCUAAUUAUACUGGGUAGCGCCGCCUUGGUAGGAGCUUUCGGCGUUUGUCAACGACAAAUUAGCGCCAUACUAAUAACAGGCGUCAUGUAUCUGCUGGCGGCACUGUUUGCGCUCUUCACACUCAUGAUCAUACAUUUCAAGCGCCAACAAGGACGUCCCAUGCUAGACAGCGACUAUGAUGGCACCGUCGAUGGUAUUGUGGCGCGUCCGGGCGGCGUAGCCAUAAUGGCCAAACCACUAUUGGGCGCACGCAUAUUUCUGACAUCAUGGAGUUUGGAUUUGGGCUGGGGCGGUGUGGUACUAUGCGGCAUAACAUCGGUGCUUUGGAUUUUAUUAUCGAAAAUUAUGCGUUACAAUCCAUUUUCAGCACUAAUGAUUUAGUUGCCGGUUGAAGUCUACACCUAAGUCAGUGGACUAGGUGAGGAAGAUGAUGCAGAGGCGGUAAUAAAUUGGUACGCAUUUCCUAAGGCAACGCAUACAACAACACAUUCAGUGUGUAUGUGUUUGGUAACUGUCAAACGUUUUAUGUACCUUAAGACGCGCUUUCAAGGCGGCGCGGAGAAUGGCGUAAUUAUCAAGCAAAUAAUACAGUUGUAGGCAUUAUAAAUUGCAAUAUGUACAUGUACAUACAUACACUAUGUAAAUAUGUAUGUACGUAUAUAAGCUGAUUAUGCAUAGCAACUUAUCAAAGUAUGCAUUAUUUUUAGCAGCUAAAAAAAAAGAGUAUGUACUGUAAAUAGCUUAUGAAACGUCAUGCAAAAGUUUACACCUUUAAGAAUAUACUAUGGGGCUGUUCAGGAUGUUGUGGAAAUGGUCUUGGAUUUGCAGUUGGAAUUGCAUUUGCAUUUGAAAAUUUUAUGCAACGAAUAUGCAAAUGCAGAAGAUCCUGAACGGCCCUUAUGUAAUUUAUUUCUAAUGCAAAUUUACAAGCAAAAAUACUUUUAGUUGGUUAGUA